UGUCCUAGACAGGUGCGAUGGCAGCUACAAUACCUGUGAAACUUUCUGAUAUUUUAAGAGCUCAUCAACGAAUAGCAGGGAGUAUACACAAGACACCUGUUUUCACAAGUUCUACAGCUGACAGCAUAACUGGAAGAAAACUGUUCUUCAAAGCAGAAAAUUUGCAGAAAACUGGGUCAUUCAAAGCCCGGGGUGCACUUAAUUCAAUAUUGAGUUUGAAAGAAAACAAACCAUCUUUCUCUGGUGUGGUGACCCACAGUAGCGGGAACCACGGCCAGGCUGUGGCAUGGGCUGCGGGCGUGGCAGGGGUCCCCAGUGCGGUGGUUGUCCCUGAAUAUGCCCCAGCAGUCAAGAAGGCGGCAAUAGAGGGAUAUGGUGCUGAACUGGUCACAUGUGGCUCACAGCCAUCUGACAGGGAGACGGUUUGCCAGAAAGUGAUUGCGGAAAAAGGCUACGAGUUUGUGUCUCCAUACGACCACUACGAUGUUAUAGCUGGGCAGGGUACAAUAGCGGUAGAGUUGUUGGAGCAGGUGCCAGAGCUGGACGCCAUCUUCGUGCCGAUCAGUGGUGGCGGAAUGUCGUCAGGCAUCGCCAUAGCAGCCAAGGCCAUCAAGCCAGAGAUCAAAGUAUUUCUUGUAGAACCCAAAGGAAAAAUGAUGGAAGAAUGCCUUAAGGCUGGGGAGCGUCUAUGGCCGAAUCCCCCUCAAUAUCUGGAUACCAUUGCUGAUGGAAUUCGUCUACAGCAGGCGGGGAAAAACACUUUCCCCAUUCUUUGUCAGCUGGCUGAGAAAGAGGUGUUUACUCAGACAAAUGAAGAAAUGAAGGAAGGAAUGAAGUUUGUCUUCCAGAAAAUGAAGCUUGUAAUUGAGGCGGCCUCUGGGGCAGCUGUAGCUGCAGCAUUCUCACAGCGACUACGGAACAUGGACGACAACCUGAGAAACAUCGGUGUAAUUCUGUGUGGAGGAAACACUGAUAUUGAGAAACUCCCCUGGUACUGAGGGACCAUAUCAAAACCUGCCUCUGCAUUUCAUCCAUGUGGACUGUAGCUCCAUGUCAAUGUGGUUGAUUGAAGAAUUAUUUUACACACACUGUACUCAGCUCAGAACCAUCCUUAAAGUUGGAUAGCAGGGACUGUCUUGUUUUCAAAUAUAUGGAAAUUGACUACAUUAAUUUAGGAUUGAUUUAAGGGAGCAUGAAUACGAUGGUAUGAAUUGUCAACCUUUUUAAUAUUUGAGAUUUGCUCAGAUGAAAUUAACUUGCUGAUAAUUAUGAUAUCAUAUUUAAUUGUGUUUAUUACUUAAGGAUCUUAUACUAUGCAGUUUACAAAUGUAUGUUUCAUGUGUAUUUGUUGGUAAUCAGUGGUUGUUCAUGGUGCUAGUUAGGUUUCAGGGUCCCCUUGUUUGAGUGAGUGAGUUAGUGAAGCUACCUUCAGAAAAUAGUCUCAAAAUAUUGCUCGUCAGUUGGGCUAUCAGUUACUAGCCAAUUUCUUAUUUCAAUGGCAAGUGAAGGAUGGAGAGUGGGUGAGAGGAUGGUGUGUGAAUGUGUGAGUGAGUGAAUGUGUGAAUGAGUGAGUGAGUGAGUGAAGGACUGAGGGGUAGAGGAGGAAGCAUGGGGAGGUUGUGCGGGUUUGGAUCUUACUAUGAUUAUUCUAGCAAUACCAUUUGUGCAAUGUGAUUUCUUAAUGGCAUUAUUUUGUGCUCACUGUUAUGUCAGAUUUUAAAUACAUUUAAUAACUGUGACUCAUGAUGCAGUGACACCUUGCAAUCUUUACAAGAAUGCAGUUUAGAUCAACAUGCUUACAAGGCAGAUUAGCUUAAGAUAGCACAUUAUGAAUCAUUAUCUGACUUUGUUGACUUAUCUACUGUUGAAGGCUGAACAUUCAUCUUUGAUGUUAUAAUUAACAUAUAUUUCCAAAUUAAUACAAUAUGUAUGGAGGAGAGAAUAAUGUUCCCAGUUCCCAUGCUAACAAUACCUUGAUUGGUCUUGUUUCCAUAGCAACCGAAAUGAAGCUGCCACUGCAGCAUUGACUUGAAAAUGGUUAAACAGCAAAAGAAGAGUGUUUCUAUAGUAACAAAGCCAGAAUUUAUCAUAUUAGACUGGCUCAGUCCUUUCAGACAAGAUGUCAAAAUGAAACAUUAGCACAAAUACUCUUUAUACUGUUAUACAGUUUACAGUUAUGUGAUUCAAAUAAACUUUUAUCUCUAUACAAUAUAUAUUCAAGAUGAAAAUAAAGAGUUUACACAU